AUGUCCGAACUCAGCAAUGUCCUACCAGUCGCCGAUCAAAUUUCCCUAGUCCUGCACACAUCGGUCGACUUUUGUCGUAAAGCGGGCGUUGGUAUCGGUAUCAUCCAACAUGCGGCGAUAGGCGCAGCUCGGUCCUGCAUUCUACCAGUCGAGGAGCAAAAACACGGCAUCGAGCGAGGCCAGUACGGAGCCAAUAACGUCAAGACGUACGAAAGAGCUCAUAUGUACGCGCUCAUACUUGCCAUGGGACUAGCAAGAAAAACACUCAGACGACGAUGUACAACCAUGCGCAUCAAGGUACAGAGUGUCACGGUGUUCUGCACUUUGCCAUCGGUGGUUGCACUGAUCCAGUAUCACCAAGCUCACGGAUCGGAGAGUCUCGAAUCUGUGGUGAGCCCGGAGGACCGCUCGAUGAUCAAAAGAGUCCUGGCGAGUGCAAAAAAACUGUCGCGAUACGAUGUCCAAGUCUCAAUCUCAGAAGACGGGGAAGAAAGUUUUAAUUUGGAGGCAGCAAGAGUGAAAAUGAUGGCCCUCCAGGGGAAGAAAAGGGCGUACCGUCGCCGUCACGAACGACGAAUCAUGUCCAAAAAUGCCGGGGCGGCAGGCGAUAACGAAGAAGGUGGAGGAAGCGACGAGGGCAGGAACAGAGUGGGCCAUGAGGAAGAAAUGAGACAGGAUAGCUCGCAUUUGAGACCCAUGACAAGAAGAGAAUCGUCAGGUAUAUUCAAGAUGGAUGAGACAGGUGAGCCUGAGUUGCACUUAACUUAA